AUGUCCGAGAACGACGGUGGGCGCACCAGAGUGAGUGGGCCAGCCCUUGUCGACGAGUUGGUCGACAGUAUAGUCAAAGAGUUCCAUAAUAUCGCCUCUGUCCAGAUUGAAUUCUGUAUGGAAGUCGAGGCUCAGGUUGCACCUCUGUGCCAUCAAAAUAGCCCAUUCCACAUUCAUUUUGGACCAGUCGAAGUCGUCCUCCACGUAUGGAGUUGUUCCAAGAACAUCGAUAUAUUCCCCGAAUUCUUCAAGUGCAUUUGUAAGGAUAGCUCGAUUCUCAUCGCCAUGCUCGGUAGAGAAGAUUGGAUCCUGGGCGAAAGCACAAAUCUGCAACUCGAGAAAGCCUUUGAACUCCCUCUUGAGCUGGAUCGCCGUUUUCAGAGGCUCUAA